UGGAAUCGCAGGGACGAGUCGGUAAGCGAUGCCGCCCGUCGUCGACGUAGGUAGUCGUAUGAAGUCAGUUGCUCGUUUCUCAGUGUUGGGUGUAAAGUGACUCGUGAAAAAAAAAUUAGUUUUGAAGUAUUCAUUUUAAAAUUCUGACAAAGGAAAUAUUAGAAAAAAAUGGCUACGGUAUGCUGCCGCGCUUUGUAUGUUGUCAAAUGGUAUGAAAUAUCCCGCGUGUUAACUGUAUCCUCCACCCUGAUUACAACAAGAAAUUACCGGAAUGAGACGUGGUGCAAAAAAUGGUGGCACUUUUCGCAAAGAAAUUUUUCUACGACGAGGAACUGCUUCGUUCCGAAUUUAAGUCCUAUAUUUGCAAAAGGAAUGGAGAAUAUAUGCACGAAGGAAAAAAAAUCGAAAUCAACGAAAGAUGACAAAGAGAAACAAUUGGUUUCAGAUAAAACAGAUGGCGCUACUUCAAAUGUAACUGUAAUAUACCAUAGAGGAUUGCCAAAGAUCACAGUACCACUGCCAUCCAGAAAAGAGUAUUGUAUAUUUAUCUUGAAACCAAUCACCCACACUGUAGGAGAUUUCAUUCAGAUGCUAAAGAAAGAAGACGGUGGUAUCGAUCGAGCAUCUGUGACAACUAUUGAUGGUAUUAGAAUAGGCUCUAACAACACGAUAGAAUCAUUAAUGGAAAACGAUUUUCGACUGAUAAUAAAUGACGCCGAAUAUUUAGUGCAACCACCAUUGCAUGACAAGCACACAAUGGAAAACAUAGAGAAAUUAUCAGACAUUCAAACAUUAAUCGGUCAAUUGUACGAAACAUUUCAUGUUCGAGAACACCAUGUCAAUAUGGAGAAGCAUGUAUUAACUAAACUGGAGGCUGUCAGAUUAGAACUCGAACCUCUUGAGCAGAAAUUGCAAGAAAUAGAGACUACAGCAGAUAGAAGGGCAAAUAUCUUCUUUUUCGUAUGUCUUGUUCUAAUGUCGAUUCAACUCAGCGGCCUUGCCAGAUUGACUUGGUGGGAAUAUUCCUGGGAUAUCAUGGAACCGGUUACAUAUUUUGUUAACUAUGGCACCACGAUGUUAUUAUUCAUCUACUUUAUCUUAACAAAACAGGAAUACAUACUGCCGGAUGUAAUGAAUAGACGACAAUUGAUUACGCUUCAUAAAAAAGCAAAAAAGCUUGGAUUUAAUUUAAAUCAUUACAAUUAUCUAAAAGAUCGAGCUUAUGAAUUAGAAACUACUUUGAAAAUCAUUCGUGGACCUUUAUACGAAUAUAAAAAUGAUUUAGAACAGAAAGAAAGAGAAAGAUCAAGUUCGAGCAGUUCAAGAUCACCAAGUUCGUCACCUAGUCCUAGCCCUAGUCCGGAAAGAACUCUUCCUAAGAAAGGUAUUUUUCCAGGGAAAGAUUUAUCGAAGAAACCGAUUUCUAAAAUGGACAAAUAAACAAGGAAUCAUUAAUCAUAAAAAAACAAUCUGAUUGUUUGAAGGAGAAAAAAUGAAAAUUGCACUCAGGGCGAUUAUCGAAUUGUAAUGUAAGAAAACAAGAAAUGUAAUAAGAAAGAAAACCAUUAAUUUCAUCAUGAAAAGAUUACGAAUAUUCGAAUUCUCGACGGAGUCUUCCAAGUCGUACGACGACACUUUAAAUAAACGAGUAUAUGUGUAAUAUAUUUUGCCUAAUGCUCAAUGUUGUUAACUAAUGUACGUUUGGAAGACAUCAAAGAAAUGUAUAUAUCACGUAGUUUUUUUACGUAUGAUUAUCAAAUAUAUUGACAAACAGAAUUGGUUCACAAAGAAUCGAAAAA